AUGUUUCCCUAUCCCUCCGGGAGUGGUUUACAUGUCGGACAUGUCCGUAAUUAUACUAUUACCGAUGCUUUGGCUCGUUUUUAUCGCUUAAAAGGUUAUAAUGUCUUAAUGCCGAUAGGGUGGGACGCUUUUGGUUUGCCAGCCGAGCAAUAUGCUAUCCAAACUGGUAAUCACCCCGCUCUUUUUACUCAGAAAAAUAUUGAAAAUUAUAAGCAACAAUUAUUAAGAAUGGCCGAACAUAAAGAAAUACCGGUUUAUUGGUGUGAAAAAUUAGGCACUGUGCUAGCCAACGAAGAGAUAAAAAAUGUGGAGGGGGGAAAAGUAUCCGAACGGGGAAAUUAUCCGACUGACCCAACAGCAUUAAAAGUUUACAAACUAACUGAAUUGGACUUAACCAAGGAACUUUUAUUGAUUUCCUGCAACGAAAUUAGCGAAAAAGAUUUAAGGGAAUUACUGGCUUUAUUUUACAGGUAUAAGGCUGAUAUGAAGCAGUUAGCAGUGUUUUCAAAUGAUAAAAAUAAGUCUUGCCCCCAAACUCUUUAUGGAGUGUCUGCCCUUGCUUUGUCAGUUAACCAUUCCCUUAUCACCCAAAUUGUUUCCCCGGAUAGACAAACCGAAAUAAAUGAAUUUUGUGCGACUUGGAAGGACAAAGAAAGCAAAGAAAUCUAUGGAAAAUUUAUCGGAAUAACUAAUUUUGUUAUUAAUGAAUAUGGAACCGGAGCCGUAAUGAUUAAUGCUUUUUCUCCCGAGAUAUUUGUUUACCAAGAAAUACCAGAUUUAGUUAGCGAAAAAGAGUUAAAACAAAAUAAACAAAUUGAUUAUACUUUUGCUGCCAAAUAUAACUUGCCGAUAAAAAAAAUUUUUCAAUUAAUCAACCAAAACGGAAAAAUUAGUGGUUAUUUCAUUAAUUCACCUUUGAUUAACAAACUUGACAAUAAAAAGCAGGCGGUUGAAAUUAUUAACCACUAUUUAGUUCAAGCCAAGAAAGCAAAAAUAGGAAAAUUCUAUCACCUGAAAGAUUGA